UUUUAAAGCGAUACCCAGAAAGCAAAAAUGAAAGUCAGUCUGGAUAUAUCUCGAGUACCAGAACGGCAAGAUACAACUUCACAAAAGACACAGUUCUAUACGACAGCUUACCUCAGAAACAUCCAUACACGCCACCGUUUUCGCCUAAACAGCGUCCUUUACACUCACUCUUUCCUGAUAUACUCUCUAAAAAAUCUCUUAUUACUGAAUGUAUCGAACAAAACAAAGCUGUCGCUUUUAUUGGCAAAAAUCUACAAGAGAAGUCACUUGCGGUGCCCGAAUUUAUUCUGGAGCAUGCAGCCUACCAUAACCAAAACUGUCUAAUCUUAGUUUGUAAAUACGAUGACAUGUUGGCAGUUGAGGCGGCGCAUCGUCUGGCGAAUGAAAGAGGCGAGAAAGUGGGAGAAACAGUUGGCUACAAAGUGUCAAAUGAAACAAAUAUCAAGCCGAGCACCUGUCUCAUAUUCUGCACGCCAAUGGUUAUUUUACACACGCUUGCAAACAGGUGCUCAAAUCUCAUAUCGGGGUUGACUCAUCUAAUGUUAGAUGACUUGCAUCUGCGAAGCAUGUACUUGGAAGUGGCUAUGAUCGAAUUGAGGGAAAUAGUGAUUCGGUAUCAGAAUCUGAGGCUAAUUUUGAAUCUUCACCCGAACAACGCUACCUUCAGCGACUUCUUCGAAAGUAGAUCCAGUCAACUGCAGUGUCAGUCUAAGUUCGUGAAGCAUCUGUCGCUUGAAAACGAGGUCCAGCCGAGGUCACCCAAAGUAAGAUACUUAGAUGACAUAAUUGACAUGUCGUUUUUCCACGCAAAGAUGCAGCGUGCUCUCCUCACUGAUGAAGAUAAAUUCAGUUUUGGAUCUGCAAGGCAAGGUCAAGAUGAGAGUAAGAAAAAGAUACUGGAUGACUUCAUGAAGAAAGCGUAUGUGGCUAAAACACCAGAGGAAAUCAACAAACUUUGGGCUUACAUGCAACCCUUUUUGACCAAAGAAAACGUCAACCAAGCGUCUACUGAAUCAUCCUGUAUGACAUACCUGAUGAUGGCGGCUGCCUAUGACAAUGGAGAACUGGUGAAGCUACUUCUGGAAAACGGAGCAGAUAUCAGAGUCUCUACUAACUACGGCUGGACUGCUCUAGACUGGGCUUGUAAAAAUGGAGCAUUGAAUGCUCUAGCACAUCUAGAGAAUAAACUACCUUGUGAGCCGCGAGCAUCUACAACUGAUAUCGAACUAGUUGAAAAGAAAUCGGAUAUGGAACCCGAACAAAAACGAAAGCUUUGCUCAUAUCUCUGUGCCCAAAAUGAGACCUCAAUUGAUCAUAAAGGUAUCGCUUUAAUAAUCAAUAACGAGAUUAUAACUCGGUAUGUUGAGAAGAUCUUGGUGUUCAUACCGGGAAUCGAUGAUGUGUUCAACAUCCUUGAUCUACUAGAGACAAGUGAUGCGAGAGAUGAAAUUCAAAACACAUUUACAAUCAUUAUGCUCCACGAUAACUACGAUCAAUCUCAGUUUAUGGACUACUUUAACGCGGCCAUUAACAAAAAGGGAAAGAAACUGUUCUUCAGUAUUGGGACUUAUGAAUUUAACAUAAUGAUGACGGCUAUUGAUGUUGUAAUAGAUAGCGGUAAAGAUCGAAGUGUGGUUUUUGAUCAUUUGAAUAACAGAAGUCAAGUGGAAGAUUGUUGGAUUUCGAAAAAUAGCGCGGAACAACGAAGCUCAUUGUCAACUUCUGCAGGAGCGAAGGCGUAUCGAAUGUACACGAAAACACGCCACGAUAGUUUCCGACCAGAUCGGGUGUCUGAAAUAGUCCGGAGGCCCCUAGACAAUCUAUGUCUCUGGAUCCGAAUGCUGGCUCCUGAAGGCCAUGAAAUUGACGAAUACUUUAGCCAUGCAUAUGAACAGCCGAGACCUUUUUCAGUUAAAGUAGCUGUGACCAUUCUACAGUGCUUAGAGGCUCUGAAUAAUGAAAAGGAAAUUACAGAACUGGGCUUUAUGAUGCUGAACAUUCCAAUUAACCCAAAGCUAGCAAAGUUAGUCCUGUAUGGUCUAGCAUAUCGUUGCUUAGAUCCCGUAUUGACUAUAGCGUCAGCUUUGCUAGUUGAGAAUAUGAUUAUAAAGUCAAAUCAUAAGCCAAGAAGAAACAAAAUUUUGAGCAAGAAAAAUCAGUUGUCACAUCAGUCGUAUAGUGACCACGGGUCUUACUUGAAAGCUUUUUUGUCCUGGUUGAAAAAUAAGGAAAAGGAGAACGGAGGGAAUGUUGAUUUGUCCGUUUUGAAUUACGGUCAAUGUGAAAUGGCUUAUUUGAUGAAGGAAAAAAUCACUAGCUAUUUAAAAAGAUUCGAACACUUCAAGUCGAUGUACUUCAACCAUGAAUGGAACAAGGAAUUCAACACUUUUUCAGACAACUUCUCCAUGAUUCGUGCCGUUCUUUGUGCCACCUUCUUUCCAAAUGUUCUCCAAUGCGACUGGAACAAUCAAUGUAUUGUUUCACUGAAUGAGUCGCAUAUAUCUAUUGACAAGCACAGUAUAUUACACGAUCUCAUCAGUAAGAAAAUGCAUGUGAAGCAAGAUACGAACACGGCUUUCCCUUCGAAUUGGAUAAUUUAUUCGGAUUCUAAGAAGAUAUCGAAAACGGCAAAUGAAGUCAGUGAUUUGUCAAUUGUUUCAACACUUGCUGUAGUGUUGUUUAGUGAUUCCUUGUUAGCUAACUGUAAGAUAUUGGAGGCGCCUAGCUCUGAGAAACAAAGAGGCUCAGUCUGGGAUAACGCUUGUGUGCUUGCGGUGUCGGAACACAUUAAGUUCAUUCAGUUCAAAACGAACAGACGAGACGCCGAGUUGAUCCUGACGCUGCGACGUCGGCUGCAUUCGCUAGUCAGUCGCCAGUUCAAGAUCAAUGCCGAAAUUCUGAAUGGAGAUUUGGAGGCGUUGCAAUGUGUGGCUAAUGUCAUGAAAGAGUAGGAUAAAACG